AUGCAGAAACCAAAGCUGCCCGUCCAGCAGUUGACGAUUCUGGAGGCAGAAGUCGCCAAAUGGGUAGGGAUUGCCUCCGCGGUCUCGUCCAUUAGCCAGGCGCUCAUGGCGGUGCCUUGGGGUACUCUGUCCGACUAUAUCGGUCGCAAGCCAGUCAUUAUCAGUGGUUUGACUUGCACGAUGGUCUUCUCGAUCAUGCUUGGCAUGUCGCACAGCCUCACGAUGGUGCUUCUGACUCGUACGCUCAUCGGAUUUUUCAACGGCAACGUCGGCAUUUAUCGUACCAUCGUAGCCGAAAUUGUCCCCGAGCGCGAACUGCAACCUCGUGCAUUCAGUAUCAUGCCUUUGGUAUGGACCGUGGGAAGCAUUUUUGGCCCCUCGUCUGGUGGUGCGCUUGCUCGGCCGGCUGAGAAGCAUCCUGAGAUCUUUGGCCGAUUUGAGAUUUUGCGCCGGAAUCCCUUUCUGCUUCCUAACUUGGUUUCCGCCAUCUUCUUCAUUAUCGGCAUCACGAACACCGUUCUGUUCUUACACUAUGGUCGGGAACUCGGAAAAGUCCUCACGCGCCCAUGUACUUCGCGAAGGAAACGCUUGGAGGGGGCGAAGGCCGCUGACGAGGAACGUGCCUCAUUGCUUCCACCAUCUAAACCCCAAGUAAAGAACAAAGGGCCUGCGCCUCGCCCCAGAUGGUCGGAGAUUUUUACAUUUCAGUCAAUCCUGAUCCUCAUAUCUUAUACCAUGGUUUCAGGCCUGGGCAUGGCAUUCGAUGCAGUUUUCCCAGCAUUCCUGAGUUAUCCGGUGCAAAAUCUACAUGAUAAUCCCGAGGUGAAACUUCCCUUCAAGUUUGCCGGCGGCUUUGGUAUCGAUUCUCAAACUAUCGGCAUAUACUACACCAUAAUCGGAUGUAUUGGUAUGGUCAUCCAGUUCUACGCUUUCCCGCCCGUCGUGCACCGGCUGGGCACCCUGCGAUGUUUCAAAGCAGCUGCCAUCGCUAUGCCGGUUGUCUUCUUCCUGACACCAUUCAUGGUCCUCGUUCCAGAGUCCUUCCGACUCCCUGCCGCGUUGGCAAUUAUGCUUGGCAAGCUCGGGGUGACCAUCUUCGGUGUUCCCUGCUGCACCAUCUUGCUCACGAAUUCUGCGGCCAGCAUGUCUGUGCUCGGUACACUGAAUGGGGUUGGAACUAGUGUGAGUGCUCUUGGUCGGGCGGGAGGACCUGCUCUUAUCGGAGCUGCCUUUUCCUUUGGCGUGAAGCGGGGGUAUGUCAUUAUCCCUUGGUGGCUACUCAGUUCGUUAGCUUUGUUUAGCAUCGUCCCCGCGUUCUGGAUUGUUGAGCAGGACGGCCCACACCGUGGAAAUGCCAUUCAAGAAGAGGAGGAAUCAGAAGGAGCAGAGACAUCUGCUGGAGGUUAUGGAAGCGUUGCCUCACGGGCAUAG